CACCACUGAACAUGCUCUAAGGACCCUUCGUACCUAACUUAGCAGCUUGUAGCUCCCCCCAAGUCAUGAAGGGAAUUAAAUUGACACCAUAUCUGGAAAGGAAGCUUUGGGCGAAAGGCUACUGGAGCUCCACGCCGCACCAACAGUGGGCAAUCACGGGAGUGAAUGGGUUCGACCAAUGGGUGGUUACAAACUAUCCGGACGUCCGCAACGACCGCGCCAGGGCGCAUGACGCAUUGGCAAGGGAUUUGAGACUGCUGGCGGAACAUAUUUCUGCUGAGGCAGCCUUGAAGGCGGUGAAAAGAGUCCAGAACAAAUUGAAGACAGUAGGGAAAGACCCGGUGAACCGAUUGUGGUGGAACAGAUAUGCCUCGGACAUUGCACAAAUGGUCGUUGGAAUGGACGCUACAAAUUACAUCCAAUCUACGAGUCGAGUGCAAGGAGCAUUGCAACAGGAACCUGAGGGCAGCGGCGGCAAUGAUGGAGUGGAGAUGGGCGAAACGUCCGACGACGAUCUUGUCAAUCCCCGCGCUCCUGAUGAGGCAAACGAGGAGGAUGAGCUAGUCGGGGACCCACAGUGGGAUCGCGUCCAGAGAGGCGUUGCAGUGCCCUUUGAUGCCCAUGACUUUGACAUCCAGACGCGAGAACGGGAAGGCCGCAUUUGCACAGCUCCCCCAGGUUCGAAUGUUCCAUCUGACGCCGGCUGUAGCGCAUACAAACGACGGCUAGAUGGCGAGCUGCAAGCCUGAAUUCCCUGCAUUCAGACAAAGACCCAACCAAUCUCGCUUCGUACAAGAUUGUGUAUGUGGGCACGGCUAACCAGGCAGACCCAAUCCGGUUAUGCUUUGACGACGCCGCAUGGCACGUCCUCCAGACUCAGUUUGAAGAGCGUGAUCUCCUCUACCACCCAGAGACGGAUUCAAGCAGCUCACAAGAGAGCCUCCCAACAAAGUCGACCACCUCGUUGUUGGCACUUUGGAAGGAGAAAGGGGAGCCCCUCUCUGACUCCUACUGGCACCUCUUCCUUGCCCGGUCCAACGACCUGCAAUUCCGUGAAGUGCUGAAAACAAACCUGCUGCCCGCAGUGGAUGGCAGAGGUCAAUUAGAAUGCGCUCCACAAAGUGUUGCAGUGUGAAAAGA